CUGGACUGCACCAAUUGGCCAGAAAUACCAUCGACGGCAACCGACUCCAUCUACCUCGCCAGAGUGCCAGAACACUGGACCGUGUUUCAUUUUUUUUUGCCGUGUUACAAUCAUCUACUCGAUAUUCAACUCUAGAUUUUCGACAAUCUGGCUGACUUUCGCGCAUUGGUCUUCUCAACAUAACGACGGCAGCAUUGACAGAGCACAACCGAGUCCUACCCACUUGCAAAAACAACCUCGAGAAAGCAGAGCCGCGCCGGCUGUCUGCGCCCAGUUGCAGCCAUGGCGACUACGUCGAACAUGUUCCUGUAUUCCUUGACCAUCCAGCCACCCACCGCUGUCACGCAGGCUCUGCUUGGUCAGUUCUCGGGAACCAAGGAACAGCAGAUUCUUACGGCGUCUGGAUCGCGUCUAACCCUCCUUCAGCCUGAUCCCCGUCAGGGCAAGGUCAACACCCUGUUGUCUCAUGACAUCUUCGGCAUCGUACGCGCCAUCGCGUCGUUCCGUCUGGCCGGCAGCCACAAGGGUGCUUCUGGGUAGAGGGGCCACACGUAUGGUCACGCACCAUGCACCCAGGCCUACGAGUCUUCUGGGGACUUGAGAGACUCAUUCAAAUCGGUAGCGGGAUUGUGCUAAAACCCUGUGCCACCCAGACUACAUUAUCCUCGCCACUGAUUCGGGCCGCAUUACGAUUAUCGAGUAUCUCCCCAAGACGAACAAGUUUCAGCGCAUCCACCUCGAGACUUUCGGCAAAUCGGGCGUCCGCCGAGUCAUCCCCGGCCAGUACUUAGCCGCAGAUCCAAAGGGAAGAGCAUGCCUCAUUUCGGCACUCGAAAAGAACAAGCUGGUCUAUGUUCUCAACCGAAACUCACAGGCCGAGCUUACCAUCUCGUCACCACUGGAAGCCCACAAGCCAGGCGUGUUGGUGCUGUCUCUUGUUGCCCUUGACGUUGGUUACGCAAACCCCGUUUUCGCUGCGUUGGAACUGGACUACACGGACGCGGACCAAGAUCCUACGGGCCAAGCACGAGAAGAAGUCGAGACACAGCUGGUAUAUUACGAGCUUGAUCUGGGCCUGAACCACGUUGUACGCAAGUGGUCAGAUACUGUCGAUCGCACUUCUUCACUUCUCUUCCAAGUACCCGGCGGCAAUGACGGUCCCAGCGGUGUCUUGGUGUGCGGCGAGGAAAAUGUCACCUAUCGGCACUCGAAUCAAGAGGCUUUCCGCGUCCCCAUCCCUAGACGCAGCGGUGCCACCGAAGAUCCUCAGAGGAAGCGGGUUAUCGUCUCUGGCGUUAUGCACAAGCUCAAGGGAAGCGCGGGCGCCUUUUUCUUCCUUCUUCAGACGGACGAUGGAGAUCUCUUCAAAGUCACCAUUGACAUGAUCGAAGAUAGUGACGGCAACCCCACCGGAGAGGUCAAGCGCCUCAAGAUCAAGUACUUCGACACGAUACCAGUAGCCACUAGUCUUUGCAUCCUGAAGAGCGGCUUCCUGUUCGCCGCUAGCGAGUUUGGAAACCAUCACUUUUACCAAUUUGAAAAGCUCGGAGACGAUGACGAGGAGCUCGAGUUCAGCAGCGACGACUUCCCGACAGACCCUACCGCCUCAUAUAACCCGGUGUACUUCCACCCCAGGCCACUUGAAAAUCUGGUCCUGGUUGAGAGCAUUGAUUCGAUGAACCCUCAGGUCGACUGCAAGGUUGCGAAUCUGACGGGAGAGGACGCGCCCCAGAUCUACUCUGUCUGUGGAAAUGGGGCGCGGAGUACUUUCCGCAUGUUGAAGCACGGACUCGAAGUGUCUGAAAUUGUCGCUUCGGAGCUUCCGGGUACACCUUCUGCUGUAUGGACGACUAAGUUGACCAAGUACGAUCAGUACGAUGCUUAUAUUGUGCUGUCAUUCACAAAUGGAACAUUGGUUCUCAGCAUUGGUGAGACGGUAGAAGAGGUCAGCGAUAGUGGUUUCUUGACUACGGCGCCCACCCUAGCUGUGCAGCAAAUGGGUGAGGAUGGCUUGAUACAAGUUCACCCCAAGGGCAUUCGCCACAUCGUCCAAGGUCGUGUCAAUGAAUGGCCUGCACCUCAGCAUCGCUCGAUUGUUGCUGCCACGGCAAAUGAGAAUCAGGUUGUCAUCGCCUUGAGCUCUGGCGAAAUCGUCUACUUCGAAAUGGACUCGGAUGGUUCGCUCGCCGAGUAUGACGAAAAGAAGGAGAUGUCGGGUACCGUCACAUCGCUGAGCGUCGGUCAAGUACCGGAGGGCCUGAAGCGAAGCUCUUUCCUAGCUGUAGGAUGCGAUGAUUGCACAGUUCGCAUUCUUAGCUUGGACCCUGAUUCAACACUCGAGAUGAAGUCCAUCCAAGCUUUAACAGCCGCGCCCUCGGCUUUAUCAAUCAUGUCGAUGGAGGACUCGUUUGGUGGAUCCACGCUCUAUCUCCACAUCGGAUUGCAUUCGGGCGUUUACCUCCGGACUGUGCUGGAUGAAGUGACGGGCGAACUGACAGACACUCGUCAAAAAUUCUUGGGUCCCAAGCCUACCAGACUUUUCCAAGUAUCAGUUCAGGAUCAGCCAUGUGUUCUUGCGCUGAGCUCGAGGCCAUGGUUAGGCUACACCGACCCACUUACUAAGGGCUUCAUGAUGACGCCCCUAAGUUACACCGAGCUUGAGUAUGGUUGGAACUUCAGUAGCGAACAGUGCUUGGAAGGCAUGGUUGGUAUUCAUGCCAACUACCUAAGAAUCUUUUCAAUCGAAAAACUGGGCGACAACAUGAUUCAGAAAUCCAUUCCUUUGACUUACACACCUAAGCACUUGGUCAAGCAUCCCGAACAGCCAUACUUUUACACUAUCGAAUCCGACAAUAACACCCUCCCCCCGGAGCUGCGGGCAAAGCUUCUGGAGCAACAAAGCAAUGGCGACGCAACGGUACUGCCGCCAGAGGACUUUGGAUAUCCCAGAGCCAAAGGUAGAUGGGCAUCGUGCAUCAGCAUUAUCGACCCUAUCAGUGAGGAACCGAGAGUCCUCCAAAGGAUUGAUCUUGACAACAAUGAGGCGGCAGUCAGCGCGGCCAUUGUACCUUUUGCCAGUCAAGAGGGCGAAAGUUUCCUGGUUGUCGGCACGGGCAAAGAUAUGGUCCUCGACCCACGUCAAUUUACCGAGGGCUACAUCCAUGUUUACAGAUUCCAUGAAGACGGCCGGGACCUGGAGUUCAUUCAUAAGACCCGAGUAGAAGAGCCGCCUUUGGCACUCAUUCCGUUCCAAGGACGUCUGCUUGCUGGCGUCGGCAAGACACUCCGUAUCUACGACCUCGGUUUGAAGCAACUGCUCCGAAAAGCUCAAGCAGAUGUGACGCCCACUCUCAUCGUCUCCCUACAAAGCCAGGGUAACCGCAUCAUUGUCGGCGAUCUCCAGCAAGGCAUCACGUACGUUGUCUACAAGGCCGAGGGCAAUAGACUCAUUCCCUUUGCUGACGACACCUUGAACCGCUGGACAACCUGCACCACCAUGGUCGACUACGAAUCCGUUGCCGGCGGCGACAAGUUCGGCAACAUAUACAUCGUCCGUUGCCCAGAGCGCGUCAGCCAGGAAACUGACGAGCCUGGAUCAGAGAUCCACCUGAUGCACGCCCGCAACUACCUUCAUGGCACACCCAACCGCUUGAGCCUCCAGGUCCACUUCUACACUCAGGACUUGCCGACCAGCAUAUGCAAGACCAGCCUAGUUGUCGGUGGUCAGGACGUGCUGCUCUGGAGCGGCUUGCAGGGCACUGUCGGUGUUUUCAUUCCCUUUGUCAGCCGUGAGGAUGUCGACUUCUUCCAGAAUCUGGAGAAUCAUAUGCGCGCUGAAGACCCGCCGCUUGCCGGCCGUGAUCAUUUGAUCUACCGGGGUUACUAUACCCCCGUCAAGGGUGUGAUCGAUGGUGACUUGUGCGAGAGGUUUAGCUUGCUGCCGAAUGAUAAGAAGCAGAUGAUUGCGGGAGAACUUGAUCGCUCGGUGAGGGAAAUCGAGCGCAAGAUUUCGGAUAUCCGCACCCGGUCUGCCUUCUAAACUUGAGUACAUCGUUUCUGGGUGAGAAGUAAUGGCUGCGAGCUUAUGGUUUAAUGUAUAUGAAACUCCUUGCAAAGAAGCGCGUCGUUUUCACAGACAUCUGGGAUGGAUCAAAGCCUUGUUGUAAUGUUAACUUGGAUUACUGCUGUUGAUUCAGCUAGGCGCUCCGGUGGUGGUAAGUGGUUUAGGCGUCAAUUGUAUGUACGCCGUUGUGCUUAGAUUUAACGAUGGAAAGAAGAGACAGAUUGGUACGUGGCUAAACAAAAAGAAAAGAAGAGCCAUAUUGCUUGGCAAUAUACAAAAUUUUGGGUACACAAAGCAUGGCAUCAUAACUGCUUACGAUCCAGUCUUCCUGGCUUUCAAGUCCCGAUCCCCGGCUUGACUACCUAUUUGCCAAACUUCGACGCAGUACUAGAAGCAGUGGGAACCAACCUCUUCACCCCACUAAUCCACGUCCUUCCCAUAACCCUCCCUUUCCCCUUCGUAGGCGGUGGUUGGUUUAGGGCCUCCCACAUCUCAUCGUCCUCCAACGCCUUUACUGCGCUUUCCACAUUCCAAUCAUUUCCCUCCAGAUACAAUACCGCAACAUCAUAGUCUGCCACUUUGGCUUUCAUCAUCCACUUCCUUAUCUUCUUCUUCCGUUCCACCUCCUCGUCGCUUUCUACAGGGUAGGGAGAAAGCGAUACGCCGGAUGGGUUGUAUUCUCCCGGGAUACUGAUGGUGCGUCUACCGCGGGCGAAUAGAAGUGCGGAAGAACUGGAGUGGAAAGGGGAGGAAGAGGUGGAGAGAGAGAAGAGCGGGAGACGGUUAUGCGCGAGGAGGACAGGAAGGGGAAUCGAGUAGCGGAGGGAGAGGGAGGGGAGGGUGUCGUGGGG